AGGAUGGAUCAUCCAGUUGUACAUGUCUCUUGGAACAACGCAGUGGCUUACUGUACCUGGGCAGGGAAAAGGCUGCCCACAGAAGCUGAAUGGGAAUAUGCAUGCAGAGGGGGACUUGAGAACAGACUCUUUCCAUGGGGGAACAAGUUACAACCGAAGGGUGAGCACUACAUGAACGUCUGGCAGGGAGACUUCCCACACCACAACACAGCAGAUGAUGGUUUUUCCAAGACUGCUCCUGGCAACCAGAAUUGAACACAGUACUCCAGAAGAGGCCUCACCAACAUUCUGUACAACCUCAACUUGAUGUCUGAUACUCCAAAUUCAAAGGCUUCAGCAAUGAAGG